GAGAAGGAAAAAAAGUCCGCCGCCAUCUUGACGUGUGUGUUCAAAGUUCGGUCGUGUCGUCGCGCUGUGGUCCUGGUUUUUUCGCCGUCAUUCCCUCUUCCGGUGGCCAAUCCGUGGUGUCAACUCGGGGUCAGUAGCAGCCGGAGCUUGUGGACGUUGCGUGUGUGGUCUGUGUGUGUGUGUGUUUGCGUACGAGGGGGAUUCCGGGAGUGGUCCGUGUUGAAAAUCCACUGUGCGGCACUUUUUUCCCAGAGAGAAAGAGAAAAAGUGCUCGGAGGAGUACGUUCCACGACGACAGUGUUCCGGAUUUUGGGGGACUGAGCAAAGCAGAGGCAGGUGCGCGGGGUGGCCGUGAAUGAAUCUGGCCAGCAGAGGCAGAAAGCUGCGAUUUUUCCGGCGCAAGAAGAAAAGCCUUGUUCACCAAUAGAACAUUGCUCGUCAAGGCUGACACCACCAAACUGUCGAUAAAUAAUUGAAAGUCGUCCGACACACACAAACAAACACCCACUUUCGCUGCUCUCGUUGGCAAAUUGUCACCGCUCGUCGUCUGAGACAUCAAACUUCACGCUUCUUUUCCAUCCUCCCUCCCCUCCCUAGGUUGUAGUUGUACACACGAGAAACGUGCGUACGUGUGUGUGUGUGCUGCGUGCGUGUGCGUUCGGCGGGAAUCCUUCCAAUUUUACAUUUUUAAGACUCAACUCAGCAAACUAGCAAACGACGAGUGUAUAGAGUAGUAGCACACGAUGGGGAACGUAUUCGCGAAUCUGUUCAAAGGGCUGUUCGGCAAGAAGGAGAUGAGAAUAUUGAUGGUCGGAUUGGACGCCGCCGGUAAAACCACAAUCCUGUAUAAACUAAAAUUAGGAGAAAUUGUUACAACGAUUCCUACGAUUGGUUUCAACGUGGAGACUGUAGAAUACAAAAACAUUAGUUUUACCGUAUGGGACGUGGGCGGUCAGGACAAGAUCCGACCCCUGUGGAGGCAUUACUUCCAGAACACACAAGGACUGAUCUUUGUCGUGGACAGCAACGAUCGGGAACGUAUCGGCGAGGCCCGGGAAGAACUGAUGCGAAUGCUGGCGGAGGAUGAGCUCAGAGAUGCCGUUCUACUUAUAUUCGCGAACAAGCAGGAUCUACCAAAUGCGAUGAACGCCGCCGAAAUCACCGACAAGCUGGGCCUGCACUCGCUGCGGAACCGCAAUUGGUACAUUCAGGCGACCUGCGCAACCAGCGGCGAUGGUCUGUACGAGGGUCUUGAUUGGCUGUCCAACCAGCUGAAGAACGCCAACCGCUAAGCUUGACGCGACACGUCGGAUGGUGAUGAUUGUGUGUAGCGAGAGAGAGAGCAAGCUAGAGAGAUAGGGAGGACGGUCGCAGUUUUUUUUCGACUUUCGUUCUAGCAGGGGGGAGAGGGGCAUGCAGUAGAGCAAAUCCGGAUAGAAGCAAGCAUCAACAACAACUGAUACAACAAAAGAGUAAACAAUAGAGAGCGAGAGAUCCACAGAUACAUAUUAAGCAAAAAUAGGGGAAAGAAGCAGCGGUAGGGAAAGUAUGCAAAUGAAAGGAAACCAACAAAUAAAACCAACUCCCUCUUAAGAAAGAUAAGAAAAUAAACAAAAAAAAACACUAAUAAGCAGAAGCCAGCCAGGUGACCCGUGUGUGUGGAUGAUUAUAUUAAAUUGAAAAGAAUAAUAUAAAGUAAUAUAAUGAUUAAAAUAAAGGAAAACACACAGACAACAAAAAAACACAGAAGCUGAUGCGUAUUAAAUAAUUUAGCAUGUGAGGAAAAAUAAAAAUAAGCUAAGCUGUGCAAGAAUUAUGGAUACAAGUGAGAGCUGAAAUAAAGUGGGCGGAAGGCGAAAAUGAAGAAAAAACAAAAAACAUGUGCUUAUUAUUACUGAUUGUGUGUGCUACAGAAAAAAGCGCUAAAGUUUGUGUGACCGCCCGAUCCUCCUCCUGUCCUGAUUAGUUGUACACACCGCAAAACUCUCAGAUUAGUCGCAGUUUUGUUUGCGUUUUUUCUUGCGUUUAGUUGCGUCCACUUUUUGGCUGCUGCUUUGCUGGCUCGAGAGCUUUUCCGCGCAAUUUUUUUGUCUCGUUUUCGUCUUUUCGUCUCCUUUCCCGUGGCUGUGCACGCAAUCGUUUUCGGACUGACAGUGAGUGGAAAGUGAGCAGAGUUUCACACAUCGUGCAAGAAAGAAAACUAACAGGCAAUGAAAAAGGGACUCUUGGUUAAAUUUUACUUCGUUUCGCCUUAUUAUUCAGGAUCUAAAUAGUUGAGGACAUAUAUUAAAUAGCUCUAAAUGAGAGAAGUUUUUUUUAUUUAUUUACGCUCCUUUCUCCUAGUACUCGAUUAAUGGCUAGUGCGCAUACACACUUACAGUUAUUAAGAGGAAAUAAACAUUCGCAUACGGACUAAGAACUUCAAAAGUGACCAGAGAGAAGAGAAGGCGUUUUCAGUUUCUUUGAUUUAAACUAUCAUUUGUUCGAAUUUCCAACGCGUGCGCGCGAAAACGAACGAGUGUUAAAUGCAAGUAAACCCAAUUUUCGGAACGCGUCUGUGAAUGUUGCGGCUUUAGCAGUGGGAGACAGAUCGCGAUCCUUGGACAGAACAACAACACACACACAGUCACACCACAGUUUCAUACACCUCACACACAUCCCCUCAAAUCACACUCAGUAAGGCGCAAGUGCAACCGGAUGUUGGAAAAAAGUAACGCAGCAAAACAGCAUGUAAGAAUAAACAGAAGAAACCAAUAAAAGACGCUACCGACGUGAAUGGAUUGAGGAAGGGAAAAAAACCCGCAAGGAAUCGUAACAUUACCUAAAACACAGAAGCAAAAAAAAAAAAAACAAAAA